AGGCAUGAGGAUUAUAAGCUGUGCUGCAAUUCUUGCAAGCAUGUCUGGCAGGGGAAUCUGUUCAAGGCACAGCGCCACUUCACUCAGUUGAAGAGGUGCGCGGCAGCGACGAUGGACGUGUUCGUUGACAUUUGGAACCACACGGAUUACGACUUCGAUCAGCAACAUCACCGCGGUAUCGUGGCUUACAUGAGGGAGCACGAUAUCGCGGAUAGACAAGUUGCGGACGUCCAGCGAGGCAGUGGCAGGGGGAGGACGGGUGCGUCACAGUCGCAACCACAGGAGCGCGAUCCUGUGGACGAGGUAGAGGAGUUCCUGGAUGAGGAGGCCAGGCGAGCAGAGGCCAGGGAGGGUGGAGGGAAAGGCGCAACACCGGAUUUGGCGGGGGAGGAGGUGGUGAUGACUGCACGAGGGAGCAAUGCCGCUCACCAUCACGAGGGGGGUGCACCGGGCGCAGCGGGGAAGAGGCCGGUGGGGGGCAGUGGAGUUGAGGGCGUGCCACAGGUGCGCAAGAGACAGCGGCAGUCCACUCUGGAUGAGGUGUACGAUCCAGAUGAGCAGGCCACAUUCAGGGACACCUUUUUGCAGUGGGCCUACGAUAGUGGUAUACCCUUUGCUGCUUUCAGGAGGCAGUCAUGGUAUAGGCACAAGAAGGCAUUGGCCGCCAUGUCUCGCGGAGUGCGGCCUGUCUAUCCGUCCUUCAAGGACAUUGGGGCCGAUGGUAUUGAUGACCAGCGGGGGAAGGUUGCCGCGAUGUUGAGGGACGUCCGUGGUUCGUUCGAGUCGGUGGGGGCCACCAUUUUGUCGGACGGUAGGCAAUUGCGAGACGCGAGCCCUAUCGUCAACUUCGUUGCGGCCGCCAAGCGCGGCGCCCUGUUGUACGCCACCAUCCGCACCAUGCAUAUGCUUGAGCCGGCGCACCUGCUCAACCCCCGCAGGCGCUCCCUCCGUUACUACGAGUCCGCCCGCAGGACAACUGCGGACCUCGAGGUCGUUACCGAGUGCGACUCGUUUUUCUUGGCGCAGACAGGCGGUGAUGCGGCGGGGGAUGCAUACUUGCAGGUGCGUGAGCAGAUGCGAUCCUUCCACUCCAGGGUCGGCCACACGGCAGACAGGGUGACGAGGGACGCCGAGGCGGAGGCCUGUGUAGGGGACGAGGAGACGAGCAGGUGCGCGUCAUGGUGGGUGGAGCACGGCGCAUGCUUCCCGAACUUGCAGGAGAUUGCUGGCCGUGUGAUGCACAUGUGGACGCCCGCCUCCCCUGCUGAGAGGAACUGGGAAGAGCAUGAGCGCAUCCACACGGCCAAGCGCAACAAGCUCAAGUUCAGGAAGGUCGCGCAGUUAACGUCGGAGCAGGAGUCGGACACGGAGGAUUUGUUGGUCGGUGUAGAUAAGAGUGCCGAGAGACUCUACUACACGUACGGUGCAGGACCGGACGAUUUUCAACCACACUGCACCGUCAUUCAGGAGAGCGACGACGAUUCCUUUCCCGCUAGUGGGGGUGCUACAGGUGGGCCGACGGAACGUGCUGCAGGCGGCGCGAGCGGAGGUGCUACAGGCGGGCCUAGUGGAGGGGCCACACACGGCGCGGGAGGACGUACCUUAGGUAGGGCAGGUGCUGCACUACCUACUCAGCCCACUGCUGAAAGAGAGAGGGAGCGCGCGAGGGCGGCUAGCACGGACGACGACGACGACGAUGACGAGCCGUCUGUCAUUCGCAAAGCACGCAUGGAGCGCGACGGAGCUCCGUCCGCCACCGAGGGUCUUAGGAGAUCAGCGCGGUUGCAGACGCUGGCCGACUUGCCAGACGCGAGGUGACGGGGCCACAGGGGAGAGAGAGUGGGGGAUGACGUCGAGUAUCGUCCUACGGAGGCUGGUGUACCGGAGUCGACGGAGGAGCUCCAUGCCCGCUUGGAUCGAGAGGAGGAGCAGCAGCUGGAGGUGUUGCAGAGAGAGUGGGCGGGUAGAGCCGCGUACGUGGCGGAGCAGCAGCGUGCUCGGGACUUGGAGACCGGUGCUGCAGUACCUGAUCUGGGCGGGGUGGAGCAUCGCGAUCCCACAGUCCCGCAUCCAUUUGCACCUGCCCAACACAGACUGAGGAGCACGGUGAUCCGGCCGUGUCAGAGCAUGGAGAUCCGGCCGUGUCCGACUUCGUAUGGAGGGCGAUUCCGAAGAGCAUGGGACGGAGGCCGUGGACCCGGUGCGGAGGCCGAUGAUGGGGCGGAUAUUGCGGGGCGACUUUCACCGUCGCCUAGUGCCGGUCCAGGUCGAGUGUCACACGGCCCCAUUGGGGGUGAUGACAUUGACCUGCAGGCUCAUGAUCCGGAGGAGGUCGGAGGCAGUAUGUCUUUGGCGUUAGUGUUGCGGGAUCCUUCACCGGUGGCGCACGACGUUCCGUCGGGGCAUGUCGAGGGAGGAGGCGGUGCUGAUGAGGAUGGGGAGGGCGGUAUACCACCUGACCUUCACGACCACGCCAGAGCAGAUAUGGAGGGGCAGAUUACACUUGGGCCACUCAACCCUGAUGCGUUGCAGCGUGCACUAGUGGAGGAUCCGAUUAGCAGGGGAGCUGCAGGAUCUCUUGGGGUCGGGGUUCAAUCGCCUCUGUUGUACACACCUGUGAGCCCUCGGUAUUCUGGCUCUCCGGCGAGCUUGGAGCGCGAGCAGCAACGUUCGGAGUCCAUCAUGGCAGCGGCUCGGGGUGCACACAGGGCUCGCACCACCUCACUUAUACCUCCACCGACCGUGCCCCACAACACUCCGACACCGGUCACGGUUAGAGCUGCUGAGCCUGCUGGGAGAGGCCACGUGCCGACGUCGUCGUCACCUCGCCUCGACACACAACAGUCAUUUCACCGUUCGUGGAGCACAGUGCGACGAGUUGACGAGAGAGUGAGGAGUGAUUUCGCGGCGCACCAGGCGCGGUUGAGGGAGGAGCACAGACCGGCGCCGAGUUUGGCGACUGCUUAUCGCAUUCUCGAGCUGCCUAGGUACGACAGUCGCGGAAACCUUCUUUUAGGUUCACGCAUGGCUGCACCUGCGUUGUACACUUCCGGAGAGGACGGAGUGUCGGCGCCUCAUGGAGAGCGACAUCACAGCAGCAUUAACGAGUUGGAGACUCGUAUUGCUAGGGAGGAGGCGCGAUUGAGGGAGUCGCACGAGGAGCUUGACAGGGAGCGCAAGAGGAUGGCGGCGACGCGCACUUCGGAUGCCGAUACGGAGGAGGGGCCCAUCGACAUUGUUAGGCGCAGGGAGAGAGAGAGAGAGAGAUUGGCCGCGACACAGACAUGCACGACACUGCCGACACGUGGACGACGACGAGCAGGUGGUGGCGGGGGGCGGUAGAUAUAUGUGGUAGAUAUAUGUAUUGUGGUUUUGAUUUGGAUAUUUCCUAUUUUUUUGGAUGGUGCUUCGUAUUCGUUUUUCUAGUUCAUCACAUGUACUUUAGUUUUGUAAUUCUUCGUGGCUGGGUUUUUUAUAUCUUCGCUUUUGUGACACAUCUGUAUACUAGUGACAACAGUUUCCCGUCAUUUGGCAGGUGGUUGGUAGUCGUUUUCUUAGUUGCUCAUAUGUACUUUAGCUUUGCGGUUACUUGUGGUAGCACUGGUAGGGUUUUUGUGUCUUCGGUUUUGCGAGACGUGU